AUGACGGACUGGUACGAUAAUUGCGUUUCCUUGCAUGACAAAAGGGAAGGAUGGCUUCAAGGGCUUGUCUUGGCAUACGGCAUUUUUAGUCCUUUACGUACCUUCCUUGUUGUCCUGAGGACUCAAAUUGGGCCGGAGACGUCGGUUGAUGUUGUUGUUGCUACUGCCCGGUCAAGCGAGCUUCAAAUCAAACUCCCGCGGCUUCCGUUGGUAAUCGUCGACCGGUCGGCGGGUGGCUGCCGCAAGUUACCCAAAUGCCGGCAGACAUUAGUGUCAUAUCAACGUUGCCGUCAUGUCCAAAAGCAUUCGAACCAGACGACAUCGACACGGCCAGGCAUCGCAUCGGAAAGGUCGGAAUCACAGCGUCCUAUCAACCCAUCAUGA